AUGAUUCGAACGGGUCCCACUCUCGGAAGAGGAUCAAUCUGGGAGCAGCCGGAGGGGCCGGAACAGUCGGACUAUCCGGAAGAGACGGAACGGUUUUACGACUCGCCACCGCCCCCCCGCCGGAUGGACGUGAGCGUGUGCUGUUUGCCCACUGCCGGCUCGGGGGCCCAGCAUCCUCCUCAUCCAGUGAGUUUGCCCUCCGGAGGGCAACCUACGAUUCAGACUCCUUAUCAAUAUGCCGAUCAAAUAGUUCCCGAAAGAGGCCAUCCCGACGGCCUCACCGUCCUCGCCGCCGGCCAGGAUACCUGGCAGCAGGUCUCCUCGACGUCGACGGUUCCCAAUGCUACGUCCACGACGACGACGACAACCACCACCACCUAUAUCGAUUACUCAUGGCUGCAGAUGCAGACAUCGGAUCUGGACACCUUAUUGUGUAGACAAGAUCUCGAUAGACUGCAGAAGCUCGAUGAUGACGAGAAGGAAAGGGACCCUUCGGUCCACAUGGACGACUUUUUUGAGGUCGGAAAUCCGGCCUGCCGACCUCAGGCAAGUUUUGUCUCCCCCAGGAGUAGUCAAUCAACAGGUAGUGCUGGUGGUGACGAUGACGUCUUCCUCAGGCCACCCCUUUGGGAGGACAUCACCUCCAGCAUCCAGAAGUUGGACCCCGAGAAUGCGGAUAUGCUAGCCUCCCAAUCGCACGUCAAACUGGAAACGGAAGACGUGAUCUCACCUGUUUUAUCCCCCGUGGAAAUCAAAACUGAACCACUACCUUCGAACCCCACACUGCAUUUGCUAGAGGGGCCUACGAGUAAUCCGAAUUUUGGAAGCAGGCAUUCUGCAAGUGGGCAGCCUGUGUCUCUACACCACAGGACAACGGCGUUCAAAAUAUUUCCGACGAGCAUUAGCACAAACAAUAAUAAUGAGUCGGCGACGAACCAUCAUCAUCAACAGCAACAACCAACUCAUCAAGGAAAUGCAAAUGCAACGUCACCAGCGUUGUACGGUUCGAUGACAAGGUUGAUGUAUGUGUCCCCUUUGACGCCGCCUAUUUCGGAUCCUGGGUCGCCUCUUGGGGGACCUCCGAGGCGGACACCUCCACCACCCUACCCCCAACCCAAUAUUAUCAACCCACCUCAUAGAAUGCAGCCGCAAUCUCUAACCAAAUUCAACAGGAGAAACAAUCCUGAGUUGGAGAAACGAAGAGUGCACCAUUGCGAUUUCAUGGGUUGCACGAAAGUCUACACAAAAAGUUCACACCUAAAGGCACACCAGAGAAUACACACCGGAGAGAAGCCAUACCAGUGCCAAUGGCCCGAAUGUGAAUGGAGAUUUGCGCGAAGCGAUGAAUUGACCCGACAUUAUCGGAAACACACGGGCGCAAAACCGUUCAAAUGUGCAGUGUGUGAGCGAUCAUUCGCGCGAAGCGAUCAUCUCGCACUUCACAUGAAACGACAUUUACCCAAGCAACACGCGAAGUGAGAUUCUGCGUGGACCAAUCCUGGGUACCUUAAAAAAUCGU